AUGUCUGUGAAGAAGCUGGGUUUCUUAAACGGUGAUUCUGUUUGCUAUCAUUCAUAUGACAGCAGUCCUAUAUUAUUUGAGCAGAAUCGUUUAUAUUCUUCAAUAUGGCAAUAUAAACAAGAAAGAGGCCUCUUUGUAUCGCAAAGUGUUGCUUUGAAGAUGUUAUUGAUUCUUGCUGGAGAUAUAGAGUUGUGCCCAGGUCCUAAUAAGGCAACAUGUAAAGAUUGUUUGAAAACUAUACGAAGAAAUCAACGUCAAGGAGAAUGUGAACGGUGUAAUAGCGCUUUACAACUUAAAUGCUUAAUUGAUAGCACCGAGAAUCACGCUGAGAAUUUGAUUUGCCGUGGUUGUGCAGAUAUGCCUAUGGAGAACCCUGCUGAUGACUUAUCUGCCGUGAAUUAUGGUCACUUGAACGAUUUUCUUCGUUGUGGAGGUAUGAAGUUGCUGCAUCAGAAUGUAAAUGGAUUAUAUUCAAAAAUUGAUCAAUUGCAUGCUAUGUUUGAAGGCACGAAGAAGAAUAUCCAUAUUCUCAGUAUUACAGAGUCUCAUGCAAAUAAACAUUUGUUGGAUGAUGAACUGAGUGUAACUGAUUAUUCAUUGGUUAGAAAGGACAGAGAAUCUGGGCAGGGAGGUGGUGUUUGCUGUUAUAUAAGAAAUGAUAUUAAUUGGCAACAGAGAACUGAUUUGGAAAUUGACGGAAUCGAGUGUUUAUGGAUAGAAAUUCUUAUUCAAAACGCGAAAUCGUUCUUCUUUGGCAUUAUUUACCACCCCCUGACAGCUCUCUGCACAUUGUCAAAGACUUUGCCGUAAAGUUUUCAGACAUAAUAGAGUCUACUCUCUGCGAGAACAAAGACGUAAUCUUGUGUGGGGGACUUGAACUGUGACCUUGUUCCGAGUGACCAUAAACCAAUUAAGGACAUUAUCUCACUGAAUGGUUUUAAACAGAUAAUUGACCAGCCUACAUGUUCACGCAAUCAUCUGAAACCUUAAUUGAUAUUUUUGCUACCAUUCAUUAAUUAAAUCUCACAAAGAAUACUACAUUUGCUUCCUCUCUGAGUACUCGAUCAUGAGUUGAUUGGCAACAAAAGAAAGAUUAACUGUAGAAAGUUUGCUCCUAGAAGAAUUCAAUGCCGUAGUUUUAAAAACAUUAAUAAGUUCAACUUUCGAAAUGAUAUUUGUGACACUCUUGGUAGUCAAUCAAUCUGAAUACAGUGUGGGAUAAAUUUAAGUCCCUAAUUAUCGCUGUGAUUGAUAAACAUGCCCCUUUGAUGGAACGAUCUGUUCGUGGUAGAGAUUGUCCGUGGUUAACUUCGGAAAUAAAGCAGAAGAUUAGAGAAAGAGAUUAUUAUUUAAGGAAAGCCAGAAAAUCAAACACUGAGAACGCUUUGUCAACUUAUCGAUGGUUACGUAACUCAGUGACGCAAUAAGAAAUAGUAAAGCCAAUUAUAAUAUAACUAUUCUCCGUGAAAACAUGAAUAUUCAAAAAAACUUUUGGAAAACAAUUAAAAGAUGCUACCCAUCCAAAUGACCAAAUCUGACUAAAUUAUUUAACAUUGACGGGGGAAAGGUUUCUGAUGUUAAAAGUAUAGCAAAUGGAUUUUGUUCAUACUUUAGUAAGAUUGCCUCUUGCUUACAACAAACUUUAGCAAUCUUACAUGACCCAAUAUGGGAAAACUGCUUCGACUUAGAUUUAAGGAGAUCUAUUAAUCCUGACAAUAAAGUAUUUACAUUUCAUGAAAUACAUUACCAAGAAGCUUUGUAUGAACUCAAGAAUAUCAAAACAUCAAAAGGAACAGGUUUUGAUAACCUCCCAGCAGUACUGAUUAAACUUGCAUCCGAGAUUGCUUAUUCCAUUCAGCUUGUUGGCCAAUAG